AUGCCAAAACAAAGAGAACUUAAUCUUUCCAGUCCAAAACAUUCCUUCUCUCCCUCCUCUAAUGUUGCUGAUACUAUAAAUUACGUUCCGAUCAAUCCUUUUCUUUCCGAUAAUCAUGAAAAUUUUCCUCCACUUGAUGAAGAACUUUUAUAUGAUGACGAUUUUGAAGAUGAACCAGAAGAAAUAUUUCAUAAUACAUCCAAUGUUAGUCUAAAUUUGAGUAUUGAUACACUUGCAAAAAUUAAACCAGUGGACAUUUCAAAUAUUUCAGAUUUUUUGAAAGAGAAGCAACAAGAAGAAUUCUUUGAAGUAUGUUUUGAAAGAAUUUUUGUAAUUUUAAUCAUUUAUAAUAAGGAAUCCCAAAGAAGCACAAUUGAAAGGGAGGAUAGUGAAUAUUUUAAGCAAAGAAAGGAGGAUUUGUCACCACAAUCAAAAAAGGGAAAGGCUGUAGUAUUAUAUAGUUCAUUUAUGGAUGAAAAUAAUAAGCAAUUACAGGAACAAAAUGAAAAUCUUUCAUUUACUCCAAGGAAGAAUAAUAAUUAUAUGGAUGAUGAGGAAGAAUUUAGUUUUAGUUCUCCACCUCAAUUUAUGUCACCAAUUAUUGGGGAAAAUAGACGUGAAGACUUUUUCUUCUCUCCAAGCAAGUCAAGCCCUAGGACUGGAGAAAUUGAUAUAUCAUUCCUUUCCCCAAUAAGAAGCACUGGAAAUUCAAAUGCACCAUCGAGUCCACUUCUUACUCCUGAACAUAAGAUUUUGAAAUCAAUAAGUACUGUGAAAACAAAGGAUGGAGAAUUUACUAAAAAGAGGAUUUCAGUUGCUAAAAAAUUGGACUUUCUUCAAAACGAAUCUCCAACUAUGGAUGAUGAAACCUUUGGAAAUAGCUCGCUACCAAUAACCAAGAUUAUUCCUGAUCUUUCUAAUCCAAAUCAGCACUCAAGUAUGAUAAUUAGUGGUACCAACAAAUUUGAGAUAAAAGAAAAAAACGAGAAGGAAAUCAUUAAUACUCCAAAGAAAGUAUCCUUCCAUAUUGUACAAACAACCCAAACAACCCCUGAAGAUUUGGAAAUUUCUUCAUCAACAAACACAUCACUUACAUCAACACCAACACCAAUCAGAGAUUUUUCAAUCCAAUCUAUUGAAACAAGAUCUGUUGGUAUUCAAACAAUUGUGGACAAUUCCAAAUUUUCUCAAACAUCACCUCUGCAUUGUCCAAAUUGCAAUCACAAAUUUACACUUGAGCACACGGAUUCUACAAUGCUUUUAUUUCCUGAAAAUGAUUCUUCCUUAAGUAGUUCCACAAGUACAACUACAACACCUUACAGAAGUUCUAGAAAUAUAAAUAACACAUCUACUACCCUAUAUUCAACUCCUCAAUCAUCUAGAUCUUACUCUCACCAUACAUCUCAAUUCUCUUCAUAUAAUACACCAUCUAGGUAUUCUUUCCCAACACUAGUUUCAUCUAGAAUUUACACGAGCUACCAUCAAGAAACACAUUUAAUUUCCGAACAUAGAAAACCACUCUCUCCCUUAAAUUAUGCACUAGUAAAACAGAGAUAUAAGACUCAGAUGAGAUAUCUCGAUAAGCAUACAAGGAACUCGUUUCACUUGUCAUAA